AUGACCGGGAAUCGCGAUUCUCCCAAUUCGGUUCUAUCCGAUGUCCCUCGGGAGCUCGACCCUAGAGCACCACCAGCUCCACUUGACUUGCUAUCAACUGUUUCAUCCGUUUUUCACCAACGAUCAGAGAGGCUUCGGCGAGAGGCCCUUGCUCUUACAGACGCAGAGAUCGAGGCUGGAUUCGUCGCUACUCGAGAAGCGCGGAUCAAAGAGAAGCUCGAAAAAUUGGAGGAGGAAGAGACAUCAGAAGGCGAGUGGGCCGAAGAAGAGUAUGAAGACGAAAUUCCUUCCAGGGAAGAUGUUGAAGCUUUCGUCAAUGGUGUGAUUGAUAAGGAAGCCACAGGCUCUGUCCUUGAGCGUGCAAUAGGAGAAACAGUAGAGGACCAUAGAAAACGGAUGGAAACUCUCGAGGACCGCAUUCAGGGGUAUCAACUCUCCAAGGCCGUGCUCGAAGACGUCCGGGGAGAUCCUCCAAGGUACGUGGAAGGGUUCCCAGUGAACCUCGUCAACGCUUUUUUGCGCCUACGUCCUCGCAUUGCCGUGAUGAAUACGGGGGGGUUUAUUUGUCUUCAGUGUCAAGUCAAAGGGAAACGGUGCUCGCGAAACAUGAACUAUUCACCCGCCUGCGAGCGAUGCAGACGCCAUGGAGACCCCUGUUUAGUCAAGGACUUUACCCACCCUGUUGCAGUGCGCUGGUGGUUUGCUAGGGGUCAAGAAACCGGUCACAUUGAACAGGUGGAGUUAGAAUGGUGGUUGGAGAGGCUGGCGAAUAAAGGUCAGACAGAGGGCAUCCAGGCCUUGCCAGUGUGGCCUGAGGUCGGAAAUAAUCCAAGCAAUAAUCGUGGUGAAGAGGAAUUGCCUCAGAAGUGGCAACACAUCUUGAAAGGAUCCGCCAAAAGGAAAAUAAAUGCAUAG